AUGAGUAAGGAACUCAGCGAUAAAAUUGAUGCCGGUGUUAAAACAUAUGAAGAUUAUCUUAAGUCUACUGCAGAUCGAAUGAUACAAUACCAGAAUUAUUUCAAGGAAUUUGUCAAGUAUUCAGCAAGAGCAAAAUUGAGCACAAAAAGUAUGCAAAAAGCAUUGGAACUAACAUUAUCUGUUCCACAACGAGCCAAAGAUAUGGAAUUCAUUAAUAAUAUCCAACAAUAUCCGGGCGAUACAAACAGACUUGGUCGACUUUACAGACAUGAUCGUUUCCUGGUUUGGGAAGGUGAAGGUGAGCAACAGGCUACAGAGCGAUAUAUAUUUUUAUUCAAAAAUAAAUUGAUGAUUACUGACAGAAAUGAGAGUGCAGAUGCAGUCACCUACAAGCAUUAUGCAACAAUCAGGCUGCCCAAGUAUACAGUUAAACAAUUAGAAGGUGAAGAUAAUACACUUGAAUUGAAACCGAAUGAAUUAGGCUUACCAGAAUUCAAAAUUCGUGCAAAGGAUGCACCAUCAGUUGAAUUCAUUCGUCAAGCAUGGCUUAAAGAUAUACAGGAAAUGCAGGAAUAUGCAGGUCCCGAAGAAGGACCACCUCGAAAGAAGAUCAAAUCGCCUCCAGCGAUUUCUCCAACCGGAUCAUCGACCAGCUUAUACAGCGGUGGAAGUAGCUCAAUUGAUUGGACUACUACUGGUACAACACUGGAUAUGCAAGGCACGCGAGUAACUCGCACUCAAUAUGGAUUUCGCACACUGCAAGAAUCUUCUGCGAAAAUGUGCCUCAAAGUGACAGGAUACCCCUUGCCCGAUAUUACAUGGUACAAAGACGAUGAGUUACUUCAUGAAGACGAACGACAUACGUUCUAUUCGGACGAUGACGGUUUCUUCGCAUUAACAAUAGAUCCGGUUAAAAUUGAAGAUACUGGUCGGUACACGUGUAUGGCGACGAACGAGUAUGGGCAGGCAUCAACAUCUGCAUUCUUUAGAGUACUUAAAGUUGAAAAGGAGGCCGCGCCACCUGCGUUUGUAAAUACUUUAAAAGAUCAAGAAGUUAAAGAAGGAGAAGUAGCAAGCUUUGAAUGUGAGGUAGAGGGUUGGCCAGAGCCGGAGCUUUUAUGGUUGAUCGAUGAACAACCAUUGCGACCAUCGCACGAUUUUAGAUUAGAGUACGAUGGACAAAAUGCGAAACUCGAAAUUAGAGAUGCGCAACCCGAGGACACAGGAAUCUAUACAGUUCGAAUCAAAAACGAGUACGGUUCAGCUGAAUCAAAUGCUAAACUUACUGUACAAGCAGAUCCCGACAAGAACCAUGUUGCGCCUGAAUUUCAAGCAACAAUUGAAGACGUGGAGUGUGAUGAAGGUGAUACAGUUCGGUUUAAAGCCAUCCUUACGGGUGAUCCAAACCCUGAGGUCACAUGGUUGGUGAAUGGGAUUCCGCUUUCAGAAUCCGACAAAAUUAAAUUCAUUAGUGAAGAUGGUAUUUGUAUAAUUACAAUACAAGAUGUUUCUCGUCAUUUCGAUGGAAUAGUAACGUGUCAAGGAACGAAUCGAUUGGGAUCUCAGUCUUGCGAUGGUCGUUUAAAAGUUCGAGUAGCACCCACACCACCUAAUUUCAUACGACCAUUAGAAGAUAAAAUGGUUAUGGAGGGUGACACUUUAAUGUUUGAAAUUGAAUUGAGUGGAUUCCCAGAUCCAAAAGUAUCAUUUUCAAUCAAUGGUAACGAGAUCGUUUCUGGUAAAAAUGGUAUUAACAUUUUUGAACGAGGUGGUGGUGUAUAUAGACUGGAGGUUGGAUCAGUGAGUGCCGAGCUUGACGGUGAAUUAGUCUGCAAAGCGAUUAAUGAAUCGGGGCAAGCUGAAAGCCGUGCUCGUAUUGUUGUUGAAGCAGUUGAAGAAGAGCGUCGAACGGCACCUAUUUUCAUUAAGGACAUUGAAAACCAGACAGUGAAGUAUGGCGAAAAUGCUAUAUUCGAAACAUCUGUAAAGGCAAACCCAAAAGCUGAUGUCAAUUGGUUUUUGAAUGGUCAAAAACUGGAUAAGUAUGCUCAAGGAGUUACGAUUGAGACGAUCGACGAAAAUGAUUAUAAAUUGACGCUCGACUCAACUCAGUAUGCGGGGACAGUGCUGUGCAGUGUUGAAGAAUCAACUGCUGUGUUUGAAGUACGUGUUGAUGCAGAACCAAAAGAGAACCUCAAAUGGUUUUUGAAUGACGAACAGUUGCAGGAAUCAGAGAACAUUCAUAUACGGGAGUUUGAUGGUAGCUGCAAGUUAGAGUUGCAUAAUGUGUCAUUGAAACAAAACGGAAUAUUACGUUGUAUAGCCGAGAAUUCAGCGGGUCAGGCCGAAUGUUCAUCGAGUUUAAAAAUCACUCGAAAACCAUGUGCACCUAAAUUCGAUAAGGCACUGAAAAGCAUCACAACUGAACGAGGUGAAGAAGUGCGUUUUGAAGCUCAUGCGGACGCAGUACCAAACGCCGUUUAUCAGUGGUCAGUUGACGGACGUAAAGUGCGGGCUUCAACUGAUGGUGCUCGUAUUGAAUUAUUGGCUGAUAGUAAUAUAUCAGUACUGAUUAUUGAUACGCAUAAGUUUAAUUCAUCAGUAAUCACAGUCAUUGCUGAAAAUUCACUCGGUGUUGAUGAGAGCGGAGCACGUUUGACGGUUGAAGAACGAAAGGUCAAGACCGAAGAAACACUCAAAACUGAGACGAUAAGUGAAAGUGCGGAAACGAUAACAACAACAACAACCAAAGAAUCUCUCAGUGAAGAUGGGAAGUUGAUAACCGAAAAGAUCACCGAAACGUAUAUUACCAAAACAGUUGACGAAUCACAGUUACCAGUCAUUAAGAAACCACUGAGUGAUCAGUAUGUGAAACCGGGUGAUAGGGCUCAUUUUAAAGCGAUUAUCGCACCUGUGGAAUCUGUUCAGUGGUUCAAUAAUGGGAAGUUACUCGACAAUACUCUCCCAGGAGUAAAAAUCGAUCAAAGUGAGAAUUUCGAAUUCUCUCUGACGCUUGAUUCGGCCCAAUAUGCAGGUGUUGUUAGCAUUAGAGGUCAAAACUCAUCUGGAACUGUUGAAACGAGUGCAAAUUUGAUAACAUCAGAAGAGCAUACCAAUCUGCCACAGAUACUAGCAGGUCUCACGGAUAUAACGGUCACGGAAGGGGAUCGACUAAAGAUUAGUGUUACCACAUCAAAUGCUUUAAAAAUCGAGUGGAUUAUCAACGGAACUGUUAUUCAUGAUGGGAUGAACGGCAUUAAAAUAAUUGAAAACGAGAAUGGAAGCGUUCUUGAAAUGAGCGAAGUGAAGAAGGAAUUUGCUGGUGAAAUAUGCGUAACGAUCUCAAACACUGCUGGUCAAACAAGCAGCAAAUCAAAUUUAUUCGUUAAUGACAGACCUGUUGCACCUGAAAUUCUUAAUGGGCCAGACUCAGUGCUGAUCACAGAAGGUGAAAAAGCGGAGUUCAAAUGCGACAUCACUGGAAAACCAGAACCGUCGGUGGAAUGGAAAAUAAAUGAACAAGUAAUUGAAUACGGAAUUCAUGAAAAUAUGAUAUUGAAAUGUGAAGAUGGUAAACAUACAUUAAGCUUCAAAGAAACCACAGUGAAAGAUGCUGGUGAAAUUUGUGUUACAGCUGAAAAUGCAGGUGGAAUAUACUCGAGGUGUUGCGUUCUUAAGGUCGAAGCAGACGUUAGAAAGCCAAUAUUUAAAACACAGCUCAUCGAUCGUAGCGUUUCUGAAGGAGAGCCUUUGCGUUGGGAUGUUACUAUUGAGCGAACUAGCCACGAGACGAAGGUACGAUGGCUGUUGAAUGAUGAGGAAUUGACGAACACCGAGAAUAUUCAGAUUGUCGAUCACGGUGACGGAAGCCAUCAUCUAACAAUAUUAGAAGCAAAAUCGUCAAUGAACGGAACUUUGAUUGUGCAAGCAGAAAAUAUUCAUGGAUCAAGUGUAUCGAAAGCUAAAAUAAACAUUGAAGAAACGACUCAAAAACCCGAAUUCGUCAAAUCACCUCAAGAUCAUGAAACGGUUGAAGAAACAUCGGUGAAAUUCAGUGCAGUUGUUACUGGUAAACCAACACCAACUGUGAGCUGGUUUAUUAAUGAGACAAAAAUUGAAUCUUCGGAAGAAUUUCAUGUCAAGUAUGAAGAAUCAACUGGAAAGACGUCGAUAAGAAUAAUGAAACCAGUUGAGAGCCAAUCUGGGAAGGUAACUGUUCGCGCUGAGAAUUCAUCGGGUAUGGCUGAAGCAAAAGCAACACUGAAAGUGGAAAAAAGAAAAGAGCCACCAAGGUUUUUGGCUGAUAUGGACAGCAGACAGGUGAAUGAAGGCGAUACGGUCAAAUUUGCGAUAAAUGUUGAGGGAGUGCCCGAGCCUGAAAUACAGUGGUUCCUGAAUGGUACAGCCCUUGAAUCAAGCAGUAACGUGGUGAUUACAAAGACUGAUGGGACGCACACAUUGACAAUGUACGAAGUUACUCCUGAACAGAGCGGUGAAAUAUCAUGCGAAGCUAGAAAUUCGGUAGGAUUGAAAAAGCAGAAUGCUACAAUGACAGUGAAAAUGACUGGUCAAGCACCAACGUUCAGCAAAAAUCUUGAAGAUCGCCUCGUUGUGGAGGGAGAUGAAUUAAUGAUGGAGGCACAACUCGCUCAGGUGAAACCGAAAGCAACAAUCAGUUGGCUUCGUGAUGGAAUAGCAUUAAGUGAUAAUCGAUUUGUGGUAAGUGAAGAAGAUAGUGGUAUUCUGCGAUUAAAGAUUGCUUCGACGCAAAUGAGCGACAAGUCGAGGAUUACAAUUCGCGCAGAAAACAUUUUUGGUUCAGCUGAAUGCUCUGCUUCAAUCGGAAUACAGAAGAAACGUCCAAUGGCAAAACCAGCGUUUUUAUCUGAAAUUGCACCAAUAAUUGUAACAGAAGGCGAAUCUCUCAAAACAAAAGUGAUUAUUACUGGUGAUCCAACUCCCUUUGCUAAGUGGUAUAUCAACGAUCAGUUGGUUUGUGCAACAGAAGAUACAGAAAUGACGUCUGAAAAUGGAGUAUAUUCGCUGACAGUUCAUGGUGCAACGAAAGAUAUGACUGGUACUAUCAAGUGUACAGCAUACAAUAAAAUGGGCGAAGUAACAAUUCAAGGUAAAGUCAACGUGGUUGCACCAGUUCCAGUCGAAUUUGAAACAACCCUUUGCGAUGCAACAUGUCGUGAAGGUGAUACGCUGAAGUUGAAGGCUGUUCUCCUUGGUGAACCAACACCUGUCGUAACAUGGUAUGUAAAUGGAAGAAAAUUGGAAGAAUCACAAAAUAUAAAGAUCCAUGCUGAGAAAGGAACGUACACUGUUACUAUCAAGGAUAUCACGUGUGACUACUCGGGAAAGGUGGUUUGUGAAGCGGUUAAUGAGUUUGGAAAGGCAUCUUCCGAAGCUAUGCUUCUGGUCCUUCCACGUGGUGAACCACCUGAUUUCUUGGAAUGGUUAAGUAAUGUGAGAGCACGUCCUGGAUCUCAAGUCACACAUAAGGUGAUCUUCACCGGCGAUCCUGUUCCAAAACUGACGUGGUUCAUUAACAAUGAAGAGACGUACACAUCAGAUAUGUUCUCUGAAUCAGAAUCUGAAGCAUUUGCGGAGGAAGUACUCGACUUCGAGGAUGCUACAGAACAAGGAACCGAACAAGAGUCACUGACUGAGGAAAUGCAUCGAACGCCAACCCCAGUUAUGGCACCGAAGUUUAUCACGAAAAUUAAGGAUACAAGAGCUGCUAAAGGGCAUCAAGCUAUCUUUGAAUGUGUUGUUCCAGACACAAAAGGAGUUUGUUGCAAAUGGCUCAAAGAUGGUAAAGAAAUCGAACUGAUAGCACGAAUUCGUGUUCAAACUAGGACAUUGGAAGGAUUUAUUACGAGCGAGUUGAUAAUUGAUGAGGUUGAAGCAGGAGAUGCUGGUAGAUAUGAAGUACUGGUUGAGAAUGUUUCUGGUUGUGACAAGUGUGAAGCAACACUAAAUGUAUUUGUGGCGGUACGAGUUGUAAGUUCCAAUCAGAUGAUGGGAUUACAGAUACCAGUGGUUGAAGAAGCAAGAAGAACGGUAAUCGAAUCAGAUGGCAGUGUUCAACGUCUCGUGAUCAUAGGUGCAGAUUUUGAUGAUCGCGGAAAAUACGUAUGUGUAGCUGAGAAUGAAGUUGGAAAAACGCAAACAGAAGCUGAACUGACUGUACAAGCUGAAGCACCACAAUUUACUCACACAAUGACAGAGAAGGAAAUAAAUGUAGGUGAUAAGCUUGUGUUAGAGUGUGCGGUGAAAGGUGCGCCUCAACCAACAGUGCAGUUCUUUGUUGAUUCAAAGCGACUUGUUUCAAACGAUCAUUGCUCUAUUGAACACGAUCGUUCAAAUACAUACUGGCGAUUGGUUAUUGAUGAAACGAAACCAGAGGAUUUCACGAAAUACCUGGCGACUGCAACGAAUGCAGUGGGCGUUGUCGAAUGUGAAGCACAAGUGAAAGAAAAACAGUCGGAGAAAGUACGACCUAAAAUUGAACAAGGACUCAAAGCAAGAACCAUCAAUGAAUCCGAAGAAUUGCGUAUCGAAGUGAAAGUGAGUGGACGACCUGAACCAGAAGUAAAAUGGUUCAAAGAUGGAAAACCGAUUGAAGAAGUUGACUUGCAAGCCACUAUUAUCAAUCAGCCAGAUGGUGCUCAUAUUUUAACCGUUAAAAACGCUCGUUUAGAGGAUACUGGUGAAUAUGCUAUUGAGGUCACUAAUGCAGCCGGCAAAGAAAUGUGUGCAGCAAAUGUUACUGUCUUAGAAAGUGUUGAAGCGCCACAUUUCAUAGAAUGCCUCGCAGAUCAGAAGGUGAAGAUUGGUGAAAGGGUUGAGAUGAAGGUGGUGAGCAGUGGUAAGCCAAUGCCACACGUCGAAUGGUUCAAAGAUGAAUAUCCAGUCAAUAUUGAUAAUGAACACGUGAUUUCAAAGAAGAAUGAAAAUGGCGUGUACACUCUCAUUAUCGACCAUGCUCUGCUUGAGGACGUUGGUGUUUAUACUUGUAAGGCAUCUAAUAGAGGUGGUUCCGAUGAAACUAAAGCAAAUUUCGUCGUAGAACAGGAAGAAGGAGCACCAAUAUUCAGUGAAAGGCUUGGCGAAGUUAAUGUGAUGGAAUCGGAGAUGGCAAAAUUGUCGGUCAUUGUAGAAGGUGAACCUCAGCCAGAAGUUGAGUGGCUCAAAAAUGGGGUAGCGGUAAAUAUCGAUAAUGAACAUUUGAUAGCCAAGCAAGGGGAGAAAAGAGGUGAACACACUCUUAUCAUCAAAGAUGCUCGUCUUGAAGAUGCUGGUAUUUACUCGUGCAAGGCAACGAAUGCAAGAGGAAGUGAUGAAACAAAAGCAGUUCUUGCAGUGGAGUCCGAGCUGCAAUCACCAGUAUUUAUUGAUGACCUUAAAGAAUUAACUGUAAAUGAAGCAGAAAGUGCCAAGUUGUCAGUAGUUGUGGAAGGUAAACCAGAACCAAUAGUUGAAUGGUUCCGUGACGGUGAACCAGUGAACAUCGACAACGUUCAUUUGAUUAGCAAAGAUGAUGAGCACUCUCAUACACUCCUUAUUAAGGACGUAACACUGCAAGAUAGCGGCACGUAUUCCUGUAAAGCUGCUAAUAAAGCCGGUGUGAGUGAAACAAAAGCUCAUUUUGCUGUACAACAACUAAUUGUUGCGCCUGUAUUUGAAGAGCAAUUGCAUGAAUUCCAAGUAGAAAAGGGCGAGCAAGUGCAGCUGAGUUGUAGUGUAAUAGGCAAGCCUGAACCUGAUGUGAAAUGGUUUAAAGAUGGUAACGAGAUUCACAUUGAUAAUAAUCAGUUCAUAAAGAAAGAUGAUGAACAUGGACAACACACACUUAUUAUUGCCGAAGUGAACCAGCAAAAUAUUGGCACAUAUUCUUGUGUUGCAUCAAAUGAGGCUGGACAAGCUGAAACAAGUGCUGAAGUGAAAUUUCCUAAAUAUGGCUUCGAGAAGGUGCCAGAAGAGGAGACUAAACCGAUAUUCAUUGAGCCACUUCAAAGUCAUUCGGUAAAUGUAGGCGAAACGGCUGAUUUUGAAUGCCGUGUAAACGUUGAAUCGAAACCUGAAAUCAAAUGGUUCAGAGAUGGUAAACAGAUUGGUGAGAGUGAGAAUAUUAUGAUUGAAGAAGAAUUGGAGAAGGGACUGUUCAAGCUUAAGGUGAUGAAUGCCACCAUCGAACAUAUUGGUACCUACAGCUGCGAGGCAGUCAACAGAUUGGGAAAAGCAUCAACUGAAGCUGAACUAAAGCUCAAUUACGCCACGGCACAAGAAGAAAAUAUAGAAGAUGAAUCGGGAGUGAUUAAUUUCAUAAAACCGAUAGAAGAUGUUGUGGUUGAAGAAGGAAACGUAGCCAAAUUAGAAUGUGCACUUAAUGUUGCAAGAGAUGAUGUAAAAGUGAAAUGGUCAAAAGAUGGUAAAUCAGUUCCGUCAGAAGCCGUAAUUGAAAGCUCAGUGGAAGGUAUUCAGACGCUAACAAUAAAUGAGUUAAGUCCGCAACAAGUUGGAACAUAUCGGUGUACGGCGUCUGAUGCAUCACAAUCAACCUAUACUGAAGGCAAACUGGCAAUUGCAGCCACUGUUGCUCCUACACUUGAAGAAGCUAAAUCCGAGCAACCACCUGAAUUUGUCCAGCUGCUCAAAUCAUGUACAACAACUGAGAAUGGUGAGGCGAUUCUUCGUUGCAAAGUCAAAGGUUAUCCACGACCGAGCGUUUCAUGGAGCAAAGAUGGCACUGAAAUUCAGAGCAGUAAUAAUGUUACAAUGGAUUAUCAAGAUGAUGGAACUGCCAUUUUACAUAUUAAAGAGACUUCUUUGAAUGAAAUUGGAGAGUACCGAUGUGACGCCGUCAAUGAAUUUGGAGCAGCCUGGACUGAAGCUCCUAUCAAUUAUGGUGUUGAAAGAACAUUACCACAUGAAGGAGAAGCCCCAGAUUUUAUGGAACCAGUUCAUCCUGUUACGGUAAUGGAAGGAGAGACAGCUGUGUUGGAAGGUAAAGUGAGUGGUGAACCAAAACCAGAAGUGAAAUGGUACAAAGGUGAUGAGAUAGUAAAGGAAAGUGAUAAGAUUCAAAUCGAGCAACUGGAUGAUGGAACACAAAGACUUAUUAUUAAAAAUUCAACGCAAGAAGAUACAGGCGAGUAUCGUUGUUCGGCAUCGAACGAAUUUGGUGACGUUUGGAGUGAUGUCACUUGCACAGUGCAACAAGAACCAAUGGAACUGGCAGCACCAACUUUCUUACAAACACUCGAAGAGACGAAUGCCAAAGAAAGUGAUUACGUUGCAUUGGAAUGUGUGAUUGUGGGCGAGCCAAUGCCUGAAAUUAAAUGGUAUAAGGACAAAAAAGAAAUCAGUGCCGACGAUGCGCAUUUCGAGCAAGAGACAUUAUCUGAUGGUACAGCUCGUCUCAUCAUUAAGUCUGCUUUAAAGGCAGAUGCGGGUGAAUAUCGAUGUGAAGCACGGAAUCCAUCGGGAACUGCUCGGACCGAAGCAUUAUUGACCGUUCUCUAUGCAUUCGAGGAGCCGCUUGAAAGUGAAAUUUCACCUGAGUUUAUUGUCGAACUGAAGCCAGUAGAGGCUAAUGAAGGACAAGUGGCUGUUUUCGAAUGCCGUGUUUCUGGUGUGCCUCGACCUGAAGUAAAAUGGUUCAAAGAUGGAGGAGAAGUAAAACCGGAUGAACAUAUAAGAAUCGAAACUCUUUCUGACGGUACGAAUCGACUGACAAUCGAUUCAACGCAGCUUGAUGAUCAGGGUAAUUAUCGUUGUGAAGCGACAAAUACGGCUGGCUCAAUGAGUUCAAAGGCUCCGAUGACUGUGAAUGCAAAGAAUGUGCGUUUGAAUCAGUUAAUAGAACUUCAAGCUCGGUAUAUUGCAGCUCCUGAGACUUUGAAAGUGUUGAAAGAAUUGGAGGAUGUGAACAUCUCUGAAGGUUCCGACAUACAUCUGUACGUCGAAGUAGAAGGCAAACCCGAUACUGUGAAAUGGUUCAAAGAAAAAGAAGAAAUCAUAUCAAACAAAAAAGGACUUGACGAUAAGGUUGCUCCAAAGGGUUGCUAUGUUUCAUUUGAGAUUGAAGUGGAUGGUAAACCCAAACAAAUCAAAUGGUAUAAGGAUGGAAAUCCAAUCGAAAAAAUGAAAACGAAAACGGAAGAUUUGGGCAACGGUAAAUAUCGACUGAUUAUUCCGGAAAUGAAUGAAGAAGAUGUUGGCACGUACACAGUAAAAGUAUCGAACGAAAUAGGGUCAGCUGAAAGCAGUGCAAAACUAACCAUUGAGCAGGUGGCCCCGACAACAAUCGAAAUAGUUAACGGUCUCAAGGAUGCUUCAGUUGCUGAAGGUGAACAGGUUCAGCUAGAAAUUGAGACCAGCUCGAAACCGGAAAAGGCCAUAUGGUAUAAAGAUGGUGACGAAAUAAAGCCAUCAGAUGAGUACAAGCCAGAAAUAGUCAAUGAAACAACGUGUCGAUUGACGAUACCAUCAGCAAACGCUGGCGAUACGGCCGACUUUAAGGUAAUCGUAUGGAAAGACAAUGAAAGUGCCCUUUCAUCAUGCUCUCUUGUCAUUCAUCCACCGUUACCAGUUGAGCUAUCCAUAACCAAAGCUCUCCAAGAUCAAACUGUUGCACAUGGACAAAAGGUUGUGCUCGAAAUUGAAGUCAGUCAUCCUCCUAAACAAGUCAAAUGGUACAAGAACGGCAAAGAAAUAACGCCGAGUGACAAGGCUCGGGCAAUAGCCAUUGAUGACAAGAAGUUCCAGCUUGAAAUACCAGACGCAGAUAAGAAUGAUUCGGCUGAUUAUACGGUAGUGGUCUCGAGUGAUAAUGCAAAUGCAGUUGAUUCAAGUUGUGCAUUACGUGUUAAACUGCCGAAGUUAAUCAUUACGAAAGCAUUGCAAGAUCAAGUCGUGCCACAUCACGAGACGGCGAAAAUGAGCAUUGAAGUGACACAUGAACCGCGCAGCAUUAAAUGGUACAAGAAUGGCAAAGAGAUUUCACCAAGUGAUAGAGCCAAACCGAAAAAGAUUUCUGAUACUAAAUAUGCUUUGGAAAUACCCGAGGUGACAGCCGAUGACACAGCUGAAUAUUCGGUAUUUGUUGAAGACGAUGAUGGUAAUAAUGCAGAUUCAUCAUGCGCUCUUACCGUGAAAUUACCACCUCUUGUAAUCACGAAGAAACUCGACGAUCAGUCGGUUAAUGUUGGUGAGAAGGUUCACAUGGGCAUUGAAGUAAACUCAAAGCCAACAACAGUGAAGUGGUACAAAAAUGGUAAAGAGAUAACCGAUGCAGAUAAAGAGAAACCAGUUGAGGUGAACGAUACAAAUUAUCAACUUGAAAUUGCUGACGCUUCUUUGGAUGAAACGGCCGACUAUAAGGUGGUGGUCUCAAAUGAGGAUAGCAGUGCAGAUUCUAACUGCAAGCUAACAGUGAAACAACUAAUUGAAAAACCUUCAUUCAAAAAGGGAAUCGAAGAUAGUUAUGUUCCUGUUGGAGAACCUUUCGUGAUUCAAAUUGAGACAACUGGUUGUCCAAAGACAGUGAAAUGGUACAAAAAUGGUCAAAUAAUAUCAGCAGAUAAGAUGGGAAGAAUAAAGAUGAAGAAGAUCGACGACAAUAACUAUGUGUUAUCGGUGGAGAAGAGCGAAGUUGAUGCUGAUUCGGGAACGUAUUCAGUUGUGAUCGAAAAUGAAGCUGGUAAAGCAAAGAGUUCAGGAGAGGUGACAGUUGAGCCAGAAAUUGUUUUUAUUGAACCGCUGAAAGACGUCGAUGUUGUGGAAGGAGAAGAAGCAGAAUUGACAGUGAAGACAAACUGCCAUCCGCAUACAGUAAAGUGGUACAAAAAUGGAACAGAAAUAAAAGCAGUAGAUGGCAAAUUAGCAAUGAUAAACAAUACAACCAAGUUCAGAAUUAGAAUUCCCAAAACUGCGAUGAAUGACGCGGGAGCAUAUAAAAUCGUUUUGUCGAAUUCAGUUGGUGAUGCUGAUUCUACAGCUAAAUUGACGGUUCGAAAAGCGAAGGGUCAACCGAUCAUUACUAAGGGUUUACAUGAUCAGGUCAUCGCCAAAGGCACCGAACUUAUUCUCGAAAUCAAAGUGGAUGGUGAGCCUACCGAGGUCAGAUGGUUGAAGAAUGGCCAAAUAAUUUCAAAAAAUACAAGCGCUAAAAUCGAGAAGAUUGAUGGGGAAACCUAUCGAUUAACGAUCCCAAAUGCGGACACAACAGAUGCUGGUUCAUAUACAGCUGAGGUGAUGAAUGAAGUUGGUAAGCUUCAUACAACGGGUAACAUUGAAGUGGAUGAAAAACCAGAAAUAGUCGAUGGACUUAAGGAUGAUGUUAUGGAUGAGGAUGAAGAGCAUCGUUUGACGGUCGAAACAAGUGUACCAGUGAGAACUGUGAAAUGGUAUAAAAACGGUCGCGAAAUUAAAGCAACGCCGAAGGUAACAAUGAAAAUGAUCAACCCGAAGAAAUAUGAACUUUUCUUCGUCAGUCUAGUGCUGGAUGACACUGCCACUUAUAAGGUGGUACUAAGUAAUUCGGCAGGAGAAUGUGAUUCAUCUGCCACUCUAACCGUCAAGAAACCAAAUAUCCUUCGUAUAAUCAAAGGAUUAACAGAUGUGAAUCUGAAUGAAGGUGAAAUGAUUGAAUUGAGGGUAAAGGUUGAAGGACAACCGAGACAAGUUAAAUGGUAUAAGAACGGUCAACAGUUGUCAGCAGAUACUCGAAUAGAAUUGAUAGAGAAUAGUGAUACUGGUGAAUACACGUUGAAAAUACCAACUUGCCAAGCAAAGGAUGGAGCAGCGUAUCGUGUUGUUUUGAGUAACGAGAAGAGUGAAGUGCAGAGCAGUGCCAUAGCUCAUGUUAAAGUCAAGAAAGUGGAACCAACCGUAUCAGCUCCGUUGUUCAUAACACCUCUUGAAGAUGUCAGCCUACCGGAGGGUGAAACCUUAACACUGAAAUGUAAGGUAACCAACGAACCGAUACCGGAAAUUAAAUGGGAGAGAGAUGGAGUGGAAAUGCACAAAAGUGAUCGUAUUGUGAUGCGAAUUGCACUUGAUGGAACUGUGACAUUACGAGUGAUUGAUGUGAACGGAAGUGAUGCAGCUAAAUAUUGUGUGAGGGCCACUAACUCUGUGGGCCAGUCAUCGUCUGAAUGUAAUGUGACGGUUAUAUCAGAACAUGAUAUUCCAUGUGCACCCAAAUUUGUGAUUCCUUUGAAGACAACCUCUGUAGAAGUGGCAAGCAAAUGCGAAUUAUGUGUCAAAGUGCGUGGAUUACCGAAACCAACGCUGCGAUGGUUUAUCAAUGAUAGAGAAAUAACAGCAGCUGAUGAUAUUGUGAUCGAAGAUAUGAGUGAUGGACACUGGACAAUGCUAAUACCGGAAUCAAGGAGUGAGGAUGCAGGGAUCAUAAGGUGUGAAGCCAGAAACGAGCAUGGUAAAGAUGAAUGCGAAGCGGAAUUAAGAUUAACUGAGCCAAAACCAUCCAAACUUCAUGAUGAGGAAGGUUAUCCGCCGAGAUUCAAUGUACCACUUUGGGAUCGUCGUAUUCCCGAAGGACAGUUGAUGUCGAUUGAAUGCCACGUAGAUGCGAAACCUAUGGCUGAUAUCAAGUGGAGCAAGGAUGGAGUUAGCUUGAGUGGAAGUGAUCGAUUAACAAUUACGAAUACGUCCGAUGGAGCGUGUCGUCUGCGUAUUAUUAUGUUUGAUCAAAAUGAUACGGGCAUUUAUAAAUGUUUAGCAACAAAUUCAUACGGUUCAGCAGAGACACAUGCCAGUCUAAAUGUUCAGGUUGAAGAAAUGGAAAAGAAGGAAGAAAAAGUGGAGUAUGCUCCUCGCUUCAACCCACCACUAACAGAUCGCUUCGUGAACGACGGUGAAAAAACGAUUCUGAACUGUCGUGUUGACGCGGUCCCAACAGCAAGCGUUAUUUGGUAUAAGGAUGGCAUUCCUCUGAAAAGUGACGGUAGAACGUCAACCGAAUGCGACGAUGAAGGCAACUGUCUUCUGACCAUCUUCAGUGCGAAUGAAUCGGAUGAUGGCGCAUAUAGAUGUAUUGCUACCAACAUCCACGGAAGCACGAAUACAGCAUGUGUACUGAGUGUGAAGAAAACGAAGGAGCAGGUGAAAAAAGGUGGUGAGGAACCGUUCUUCACCAAAGGCCUUGUUGAUAAAUGGCUUGAUCGUGGGGAUACACUCGAGCUGUCAUGUACGGUUAUCGGUGAUCCCGAACCCACCAUCAAAUGGUAUCGCAAUGGAAUGUUGUUACGUCCAACAGCACGUAUCAAGAUUGAAAAAUGCGACGACGGACGAUGUACGCUAGUGAUUAAUGACUGUACAAUGAGUGAUGAAGGCAUCUAUCGAUGUGAGGCAGAAAAUUCAUUUGGUAAAGCCAAAACUCAAUCAACCACACACGUUCAUAUGGCUGUUGGGAAAUCAGAUGCGAAGAAGAUAGCUGAAGGUACAGCUCCACGCUUCGUAAUUCCACUUGAAGAUUUGGUUGUGCAUGUUGGAUCAACUUUUGAACUUGAAUGUAAAGUCACAGGUAACCCAUCGCCACAAGUUAAAUGGUCAAAAGAUGGAGCGCCCAUUUGGAAUGACCCACAGUAUUUGUUCGAAUCUGACAUGAACACAGGUGUUCAUAAGUUGAAGGUUGUGAAUGCGGUAUUCGAUGAUGAGGGUACCUAUCGAUGUGUCGCCACAAAUGAUGUUGGCUCAGCGACAACCAAAUCAUUUGUUAGAUUCGAUGAUGGUUUAAUAACAGAUCGAAUGCCAUCCGUAUUGCCACCUCGCUUCGCCAUUUCUCUUGGAGAUGCUCGUGCUGUUGAAGGUGAAACGUUGAAAAUGGAAUGUAAAGUGGAAGGAGUUCCUCUUCCAUCUCUUGUAUGGUACAAAGAUGGUGAAAAGAUUACGCCAUCUGACCGCAUAAGAACGGAAUUAGACGCAGAUGGCAGUGCACGUCUCGUAAUUUCACCUUGUAAUGUUGAUGAUGAGGGUAUCUAUCGUGUCAUUGCCACUAGUUCAUCCGGUUCGACACACGACAAAGGUACUGCCUACGUGAAGAAAUUACCCGCUGGUGCUCGACUCGUUUUAAGUUGUCGAUUCAGUGCUGAUCCAAAAGCAACGAUCAGGUGGUUCAAAGAUGGAGAACGUGUGUAUGCAUAUGGCAAUUGUCAGUUGGUUGAGAACGAUGAUGGAACAUGCGAACUGAUAUUACAGUCUGUCGGAAGAUUUGAUGGAGGUGCUUAUCGUUGUGUGGCUGAAAAUGAAUACGGAAGUGCCAGAAGUACAUGUGAAGUUGUUUUGCAGUUGAAGGAGAAGAAAGCAUCAAGAAUCGGCGAUGAAUUGAGUGAGGGUAAAGCCCCGGGAUUCAUAGUACCACUAAUGAUGAAGCGAGUUAAGCAAGGUGAAAGUGCUGUUCUGGAAUGUGUUCCAUAUGGCAAACCAUUCCCUAGCAUUAAAUGGCUCAAAGACGGCAUCGAAAUCACUGAAGAUAACAAUAUGCAGAUUGAAUGUAUGGAAGACGGUGUUCAACGUCUCACAAUCAAACAAACAGAAUUUUGUUACGAAGGAUAUUAUCGAUGUGUGGCUACAAACGAAUUUGGUACAGCAUCAACCAAAGGAGAGCUCGUUGUUGAAGGUGAUCGAACGAUUCAUGUGAAGAAAGCUGAAGAGUUGAGUGCGGAACCCGUUGAAAGUAAGCCUCGUAUACGGCGUGGUCUUUAUAAUAUGAGCAUUCAUCAGGGCAGUACAAUAGAAAUGCAAGUAUGUACAAGUGGGUGGCCAACACCAACUGUAAAAUGGUUUAAAAACGGAGAAGAAAUAAGUGGGGAAGGUGCUGAUGGACGUCGUGUGAUAUGGACAGAUGAGCGUGGUAUACAUCGUUGUGUUAUCCUCAACUGCCUACCUGAAGAUGAAGGCGAGUAUGCAUUAGAGGCAAGCAAUAAGCUGGGUUCGGCUCGUACUGAAGGUUUGGUUAACGUUGUCAGACCAAGAGAAGUGCAGAUGUUCAGGGAUACAGCCGAUCGAUCCGGUAUGCCGUAUCCUCCAGGAUUCAUUCGCCAACUUAAGAACAAACAUAUCUUUUCGCGUAUGCCAACCAUUUUUGAUUGUUUGGUCAUCGGUCAUCCGCCACCAGAAGUUGAUUGGUAUCACAAUGGCAAAAAGAUUGUACCGGGUGGUCGAAUCAGAAUUCAGUCGUGUGGAGGUGGUUCUCAUGCGAUUAUUAUAUUGGACACGAGUGUUGAAGAUGCUGGUGAAUACGUGGCGGUUGCACGUAACGGCUCCGGAACAGCGUCGAGUAGUGCAGUUUUAGAUGUUACAGUGCCGCAUCUUGAUGAAAUCAAGUUUGACGGUUCGGUUGAUGUUACACCCUACCUGACUGAAGAGUACGGAUUCAGAAAGCUCAAUUAUGCCGCUUUUCCAACUCCACCAGAUCGUGGACCGUUCAUUAAAGAGGUAACUGGCCAUUAUUUAACUCUUUCAUGGAUUCCAACCAAGCGUGCGCCACCACGUUACCCACAGGUGACUUAUGUGAUAGAGAUUCGUGAAUUGCCAGAGAAAGAAUGGACCUUGUUGGAUUAUAACAUACCUGAACCAGUAUGCAAAGUGCGUAAUCUUGAAUUGGGGAAAAGUUAUCAGUUCCGUGUUCGUGCAGAGAAUAUCUAUGGGAUUAGCGAUCCAUCGCCAGCAUCUCCACCAUCUCGUCUGAUGGCACCACCGCAACCAGUUCUUGACAAAAAUAAACGUGUUAUUCCACUCCUGGACCCAUACGCCGAGAGGGCAUUAGAUCAAGCGUAUGCGCAGCAGUAUGCGUGUGCACCUUGGUUUGCACCUGGUGUAGUUGAGAAGCGAUUUUGCGCCGAAAAUGACACACUCACUCUGACGUUACAUGUUUCUGGAUAUCCGGAUCCAAAAAUUGUUUGGAAAUUCAGAGGAUGGGACGUGGAUAGUACUGGACCGUUUUCCAAGAAUCGCGUGACAACGUACGGCGGUACGGAAACGAUUUUGACGAUAACUGGAUUCAGCAAAGAGAACGUUGGUCAGUAUCAAUGUUUGGCGAGCAAUCAGUAUGGAGAAGCGCAACAGAACAUCUUCGUUGAUCUUGCGAGUCGGCCAUCAUUUUUGCAACCACUUGUCGAUAAGACGGUAUCAACGUCGAAAGUUCUGCGAUUGGAUGUCCGUGUUGAAGGAAAUCCAUUCCCUGAGCUGAAGUGGAUGAAGGAAUGGAGACCGAUUGUAGAGUCGUCGAGAGCGCGUUUCGUUCACGAAGGUCCGUAUCUGUGCUCGUUAAUAAUAACUGACCCUAUGUGGCGUGAUAGUGGCAUUUAUUCAGUAACAGCAAUCAAUGAAGCCGGUAGUGUAACCACCUCGUGCACGGUUACUGUCCAAGCUGAGGACCCUUACAAAGACGUACAGUUACCAAAAAAGAAGGUGGCCUUGGAAUCGAGAAAGGUUCGAGAGCUGUACGAAAUCGAUGAAAAUGAUGAAAAGGCGGCUGCUGCAGGAGCACCUUUUCACGUCACUGAACGCGGAACUGGAAAGCGUUUCUUGGCACAACUACGGGCGCUUGAUGAAAAUCUUACAAGAAAUAUUCAGUUUCAUAAUACACUCGACCAUCCAAAUAUCGUUCAGUUUCAUCAAGUUAUUAUGGAUCAAGGCAUUGCAGUUCUCAUCUACGAAAAUGUUGGACGUACAUUGCUAGACGGUCUUGUUGCUGGUCCAUCAUCGCAGAAACACAGAUGUACUGAAUAUCAAGUGCAGGUGUUCGUCAAGCAGUUAUUAACUGCGCUCAAAUUUAUGCACGAUCGAAAGAUCGCUCAUCUGGAUUUGCGACCUGAAGUGAUUCUCCUUCAGGAUGAUCAUUUAUGCUUAGCCGAUUUUGGACAAAGCAGGCGAUCCGUUAGAGGAAAAAUUGUCGCUAAUGUGAUGAGCAGUCCGGAAUUUGUGUCACCUGAAAUCGCUGCUGGUUUACCAGCAACUCUGGCAUCGGAUAUGUGGAGUGUUGGAGCACUCACAUAUGUGCUAUUGAGUGGAAUUUCACCAUUUCUUGGUGAUAGUGAUGCGGAAACAAUACGAAAUGUGCUGCAUUCGAAUUAUUUGCUAGAUACUGAAGAACUGUCACAAGUCACUGAUGAAGCCAAACAGUUCAUCGCCAAUUUGCUGGUUCUUGAUCCAAAGAAACGUCUCAAUGUUAAUGAAGCACUUAAUCAUCCGUGGUUAGCAGUUUCAUUACUCGAGAACGCGAAAUUAACUUCUGAAUGUCUUCGUGAAUUCAAGUAUCGUCAUAAAUGGCUGGAACGUCGCGUUUUUGUGCAGCAAACUCCGACUCAACGAUCCAUCACAUCUUUGCAGUGUUAUAUUUGUGAUGGAUAUAUAAUUCAAAAAUUAAAACAGAGUCCGGAUGCGCAUAUUGCUUCAACAGAAGCACAACAUGGAUUACUGAGUCAGAGUGAAGCGUCGGGUAUUAGUGAUUAUGUUCGUAUCAAAGAUCAUAUCCCACCUCGCACGGAUCACAUAUUUGCAUCAUCUACUGCCCUUGCUGCUGACAGCAGUCAACAACGAGCAACAUCAAAACCUGGCGAUUCUCAAAGAAGUGAUACUGUUUCUGAUGUGAGCGAUGAACAAAUGCUGCCUUUGCGACUUGUACGUGGCGAAUAUCGUGAUAUAGAAGAAGAGAUUGCAAAUCGAAUUCUAUCUGAUAUUUCCGAAGAAAAUUCGAUUGCUUCAGCUGAUGAAGUAGAGCAAGCAAAUCGCACUGCUAAAGAGUCACGACCAUCGCGACAACCAAAAAGUCGUAGUAGAUCGUCGACACCAAAUGCAGAAGGUUAUUCACUUGAGACCACUCCAUUGAUGUCACCAACUUUAACUAUUGAAAGUGUUGAAACAACAACUCAGCAAUUUUUUGCCGAUAAUGGCGAUUUGUCGCAACAUCCUAGUCAGCUUGAUCCUAAAGUCCCAAUUGGAGCACCACUGUUUCUUGAAGGACUAUCUCGGCCUCAUGCCCUUACUCUUCAAGAUCAAGAAAGUCCUCAAAAUUCGAGACAUUCAAUGAGUCCACGUUCAUUACCCGGGACCAAAAGCCCUGUACUUUUAUCACCUGGAAAGGAAUAUUCAAUGGAAGUCAUAAUUGGGACCAAGCAAGGUAUCCCGCAAGUGGAGAAGACUCACUUUGAGAUGACUGAAGAGAUGAAACCCACGUGCCUAACAUCGGCAAACAAAGAGCAGAAAGCAAAUCAAUCGACGCACGAUGAUGAAUUUAACCGUUUUAUGAAUCAGAUAGAAUCAACGAAAGAAUUUAUGAGAAAAGAUCGAGACAAUAUGGAAAAAUAUCGACCAAAAAAUUUCUACAAAGAAGACGAUGGAUACGAUAGACCAACAAUCGAUGAGGAUGAUUUUGNUACCAAGUUAGAUUUAUUUAUUGGACCUGAUACGCUGCUUUUGGCUACUCGGGGAGCGGCAUUCAAUGCUCGAGUUCGUGACUACAGAAGAGAGUUGUGGGGUGAUGGUGCACCGUUUGUUAGUGAAGGCAUACUGGGCUAUCGAAAUCAAGAUAUCACAGUCAGAGAAAGACGAAGGUUUACCGAUUUGUUGCGCGAAGAUAUUGGUAUUGCGAAAUCGGUGCGUAACUUGGAAAGAGACAUGUGCAAUUCACACAAUGGGGCAAUUCGACGAAUUCAAUGUGAUAUCAGUAAAAUGGAACCAGAACCGAAUAGAAAAGAUGGAACUUUUGGAGCAAUCUUUAAACGGCGUUUGAAGGAUGUCGCAUUCGUUGAGAAUACUGGAAAAGUGGUAUUCGAAUGUGAAGUAAUUGGUAAUCCAAAGCCGACUAUCGUUUGGUUCUAUCAUGAGAGUGCAAUCACAAAUGAUGCAAAAUAUGAGAUGCGUUCUGACGGUAGUGUGCAUCGUUUGACUCUCAAUCGUCCUUCACUGGCUGAUGUAGGCGAAUAUUCUUGUUUAGCGACGAAUCAACAUGGCGCUGACAAAACAUCAGCUCGUUUAAUUGCUUCCGAUAAACCCCCCAGUCCGGGCCGACCGGAAAUUGAACUUUCCUCUGAUACGGAGGUAUUUAUAACAUGGGAACCACCUCCUGUGACUUCUUGUCUGGAAGGUUUCACUUACAAGUUAGAAAUAAGACCCGCGGGCGAAAAUGAUCACUUCUGCGAGUGGCGAUUGAUAUCAGAUGAUAUUGAUGAAGAAGCAGUUGUCGUUCGUCACAUGAGUCCAUUGGGUGUUUAUCAGUUUAGAGUGACUGCAAAGAAUGCAUUUGGUUGGAGUAAUCCUUCACUAACAUCACGCAUUAUUCGUACUCAUCCCAAAGGGUCACCGAAGCUUCAAAUCGACGUUCUCAAACAACAAUAUCAUUUGUGCAUUCUUUCAAAACCAGCAAAGCCGCAGUUGUUGGUGCAAUCAUUGGCUGGUAUAAUGGAAGAAGAUGAAGAUGAAGCGGGUAUUAUGGCGAGCACUGAAGGUGAUCAGGUGGCGAUACCAUCUCUAAUAUUGAAUGAUCGAGAUGAUCCCGAGAAGCGGUUCAAGUUGGGAUCCGAAUUAUUUAAUGGCCGUUUUUGUGUCAUUUUGAAUGCGGUCGAUUCGAAAGCUGAACUUGGAAAGAACUGCAUAGCUAAGAUAGUACAACUGUCGUCUGAAAGUCAGAACUUGUUAGAUGAAUUCAGUGCGUUGAAAGAAUGUCAACAUGAAAACGUAUUGCAUUUGAUCGCUGCCUACAAAAAGGAGAAUUCACUCUAUCUGUUUUCUGAGAAACUAUGCGAGAAUAUCUUCGAACGGUUCACUUACAAAGACUAUUAUAAUGAAGAGCAAAUCAGUAAAUCGAUCAUGCAAAUUGCUGCUGCAUUGCACUGGAUCCAUUUCAAACGAAUCGCCCAUUUGGAUAUACAACCAUCGAAUGUUAUGUUCGUUUCAAAACGUUCAUGGCACCUCAAAUUAAUUGACUUUGGUUCAGCUAAUGCGAUCAGUUCCCAACGGAAUCCUAGACAAACAUUCAACACAUAUUGGUCAGCUCCAGAGUUGUUCAGCGAAACUAACCAACCAGUUACAGGUCAAAGUGAUGUUUGGAGUCUUGGCGUUAUUACGUUUUGUUUGCUUAGCGGCUUUCAUCCAUUCGCAUCAGAAGGUGAUACAGAAGCUGAGAUUAAAGACAGUGUACUACAUGAGAAAUGCAAUCCGAAUAUGAUUUUCGUACAAGCGACUCAAGAGUCUCUUCGAUUCGUCACUUGGGCACUCAAGAAAGAUGCAUUAAAACGAAUACGAACAGCUGAAGCACUCACUCACCGAUGGUUUUCGAAUGAUAGUUCAAUGGUGCGUCGGCGUGAAACAAUCAAGUAUCCGAGCAGUAGAUUACGAAAGACGAUGAUUUUAACAGCAACAGGCGGUAUCGACACCCCGUGUCAUGUGUUCGACGGAGUCGUACACUAA